AAUCAAACAGAUUAUAAAUGUUUUCCUGGUGUCUAAAUAAGAAAUCCAAUUUAUAUUUAGAAAAGUUCAUUGUGACCAGAUGCUUUACACAAAAUCAUGACAUCAUUACUGCUUAUUGUCCUGAUAAUUCUAGUCAACGGAUUACAAAGCAAUGAAUUUGAGCUCAAUAACGAAGACGAUGUAACUAAGCCAGAAAGUAGCUUGAACAUCGACCAGAACUCUGAUUCAACAGACAUAAUCAUCAAACUUCAACCAGAUGGCACUGAAGAAGAUAUCCAGGAUAUUCUAUCUAGAUAUCCUAAGUUCAAACUGUCAAAACAGUUUAAAUUUCUCGGAGAUACAUACUAUAAGUUGUCAUUGGAUGAGUCCAAGAUUCCAAAGCAGUUAGUAGAUGGUACAGUAGGACUGAAUGAGGAUGACAAUGAUAUACUGCGCAUGACAAAUGAAACGAAGGUCGAGUUUCUAGAGAUAGACAAGAAAGAAUUGAACAUGCCGUAUGCUGAAACAGCAACUACAGACCCUGAGUUGACUGAUCUGUGGCAUCUAAACGGUGUAAUGAAAUACCCCCACAACAUCGAAGAGGCUUGGGCCUUAGGUUACACAGGAAAAGGUAUAACCGUUGGGGUUAUAGAUACGUUGAUGCAAACAAACCAUACCGAUUUGACAAAUAUGGAUGAAUCAAGUUCAUAUGAUUAUUAUAACGAUGACGAUGACCCUAACCCUACGGAUUCAGCUAUGUUUCACGGAACAUCGGUUGCGGGUGUUAUAGGUGCAACAAAGGGGAAUGACUUUUGUGCUGUUGGUGUUGCAUAUAAUGCUACACUUAUAGCUAUUGGACUACUAGGCUUGAAUAGCGGUAAUCGUUUAUCAGAGUCGCAACAAGCCCAGGCAUUAUCUCAUAUGUCCGAUACAAUUGAUAUUUACUGCAAUAGCUACGGCCCAACUGGAGCAUAUAGUUACACAAGACUAGGUUCAUUACGCCAAACAGCCUAUGAAAACAAUGCAAAAUUUGGCAGACAAGGGAAAGGUAAUAUAUAUGUUUUUGCACCCGGAAAUGGUGGCUCCAUUGCAACACCCAAUACCAAGUCCCAUCAUAACACGAUUUAUACUAUAGGUAUACAAAGCGUUGGAUACGACUAUGUUGCUAGGUAUGGAGAAAUAGGAUCCUCGAUAAUGGCCAGUGCUUAUGGAGGAAGCGUUUUUGACAGAGAAAUGACUUCAACUACUGUUAACUCGGGGUGUAGAGGUCGUUUAAGAGGCACUUCUUUUUCCGCUCCAAUUGCAGUAGGAAUUAUCGCACUGGCAUUAGAGGCAAACAAUGAACUUACCUGGAGAGAUGUUCAGCAUUUAAUAGUUAGAACUUCCAAACCAUACGGAUUCAAGGAUACCUAUGAUAUUGAGAACAAAUGGCAACGUAAUGGAGCAGGCUUAAGUGUUCAUGACAAAAUGGGAUUCGGUUUAAUGAAUGCUGAGGCUAUGGUAAAGCAGGCAAUAAAGUGGAAAACUGUUCCAGAACAACUGACUUGGAAAUCACAAACAUGUAAGUAA